GCACACCAGUUCAUUAAAUAUGACUCCUAAAUUCUUGACUAUUUUCUUAAAAUAGAGGUGCAAGUUGAAUGUGUGAUUCACUUUUUUUGCCUCUGUCUCUGCCUAAACCUAGUACAUUACUUUUCCUCGUAUCAAACCCUUUCUCCCCUGUCUUUCACUCAGUCACUCUGUUUAUUCAUCUAUUCACCUUCUGUUCUCAGUGCGAUUCACUGUUUCAAUCAAGAUGACUUCAUUCAUAGAAGAUUUUGAAAAACUUCGGAUCACGCUGCAAGAUCGAAUGUCCAAUACGCCUAAUCGUGGCCCUCAACUUGACUGGAACACCUUUCCAACGUGGUCAACGCGAUUUGUUGUUUCAUUUUCAAAUCCGCUUGAAUUGGCUGAAAAUCCAGCGCAAUUAAUCCAAAAAAUUGCAGACGCUGCAUCUACCAAAGACAGAGUUGAUCUCCUUUUAAACAAUAGAUUGAUGAAACAAAAAAUGGAGGAAGCAGUUAAGAAAGCAAUGGAUUAUGUCAACUCUAAUGAGUCAUCACAAAACGCAAAGAAUUUAACUGAGUCAAGACAAUUUAUGAAACAAGGCUCUGAACUUUUAAAACAAAAUAAAGUCAAAGAAGCUUUAGAGUGCUUCAAUCGAGGAAUCGCUUGUUCACCAUUUCCUCAAGAAAACGAAGCUACACCUGGUCAAACGAAUCUUGCUAUGUGCCUCGUAAAAAGGAGCCGUUUUCAUCAAUCACUGAAAAAAUAUCCUGAAAGCUGGCUAGACAUGAAAGAUGCUAUUGAGUUUAUGCCUGACCCAAGAUUGAAAGAGGAAUUAUUGAGAAGUAAAAGAAACUUGAUGGUGGAAAUCGCUUCAAAGGAUGGACGACAACCAGUUGAUCCAGAUGUUGCUGAGAUGGAUUUUGAGUCCUGGGAUAUCAACCUGAAACCAGAGAAUCGUAACCUACAUGGAGCCAUUGAGAGUUUAGAGUUACGUUGGUCUGAAGAAAAGGGACGAUGCAUAAGAACAACUAGACCACUUAGACCAAAUACAAAUAUAAUUGCUGAAUUACCUUAUGCAGCAUGGCUCCAGCCUACACAUUAUGAAUUUUAUUGUGCUUAUUGCCUUAAACCAUUGGAUUAUAGGUCGUUCCCUUGUCGUCAAUGCAAAAUGAUCUCAUAUUGUUCAUCUAAAUGUUCAGAAGCCGCCUGGACUUCUUAUCAUUCCAAAGAAUGUAAAUACUUACCUGUUCUCCGACAUCUAGCCAUGGGUCAUCUUGCCUUGAAAAUUUUACUGAUCACCGGAUUUGACGAAGCAAUUGAAAUUCAUCGUAACCCACCUCCAGCUUCUAGACAUCAACGAAAAUUCUUAAAUACAUUCAGAGAUGUUUACACUCUGAUGGAUUCACCACAUGUUUUCGACGCACCCAAAUUGACCUCUUUCACUGCUUGUGCCGUCUUCAUGGCUUUAUUAACUCACGCUAUGGGACUAAUUGAAGAACAACAGAUUGAUGUUAUUGCAGAUAUCUAUUUAAAAUUAAUUGAUCAAAUCGUUCUCAACGGUUUGGCUAUCUAUGAUGAUCGUGGUUUAGAUUCACAAGGUAUCUGGUCUUAUAAUUCUAGUGGCGUUUCAAAAAAGAUUGGCAUUGGACUCUAUGCAACCACAUCGCUUUUGAGUCAUUCCUGCAAUGCUAAUUGUGAUCGUAUUUUCAUUGGAUCAAAGGUAGUCAUUAGCACUAAAAAAGUAAUAUCCAAAGACUCGGAGAUAACAAUCAGCUAUGGACCCUCAAUGGUUCAAGGUUACAAAGCAAGACGAAAGGAUAUUAAAGAAAAUUAUUACUUUGAUUGUCUUUGUGAUGUUUGUAAAACGAAACAAUAGUGAGGAAGAUUACUCACUUCUCAGUCCCCAACAUUUGCUCAACAGUAUAAAUCAAAGUGUUGCAUGACCUCUGACUUGAUGUACAUUGACGAUGUCAAACUGAACAUUUUAGUUAUCUUAACCAAUCAUUCAAUUGUUUUACAUGUUCAAAUUUGCUUAUAAGGAUACGAAGCCAAUCACUGGUUUUCUUUUAACUUUCAUUUUUCAAUAAAUCACAACUUUGUUAAAAA